AUGGCCUUUUUGCCCCCCGUCACAAUCCUCAGCCUCGUCCAUGAUCGGAUUCGCCCCGAGAAACUCUUCAACGAAGACACCGACGAUCCGCCCCUACAUAGCGCUCCCCAGAGCAGUACCAGUUGGUCCGCCGAGCUAAUGAAGCCUGUCGUUGUGGCUUUGGAGCGGCCGGUCGAAAACUACCUCCGCAUCUACGCCAGCUUUUAUAACGUCUGGACCCGCCUGAGCACCGAACAUCAUCUCCUGACUGAUCACUCCGCAUCGAUCAUCAGCGAACACGAUGUCGUCCGAGAGUCUGCCAAGCAUAUGCUGCACCCGGUGCAUCAGGUCAUGGUGCUGUUCGGCGCAGUGAAGAGUGCGGGGCGCCAUGACGGUGUUCAUUUCGAGGUCCGCACCAUCGGCGAAAGCGAAGUCACUUCCAUGGAUGGAGUCACGGCCAACGGCGCGCCUGCCAUGCUGGAAGGCCGCCCGGACAUGCUGUUGGAAACAACCAGGACUGCUGCAGGUCGACGAUACCAUCGGAGGGCGCCGGGGGACAUGGACUGCCGGGUGGUGUGGGCUACUGGAGGCGCGCCGGAAAACGGAAAGCAUGGUUGUCAUCGGGAGUGCAAGUGA